AUCCGGCUAUGGCGUGGGGCUCCUCCGAAACAGGGGCAUCUCUUGACAUGGCUUUUCCUUCUCCAUCCCAGGCCUGGAUCGGGGGUAUCCGGGCUGGCUCCUUCCCAUCCUGCGGGAGCCACGUGAAAGCCAGCUGCCGCUGGAUCGCGUUCAAUGCCGAGGCAGCAGGUGUGCUGGGUAUCGUGCCGCUGGAGUGUGAGGAUGGAGGCAAGAGGACCGUGUCUCAGCUCUGCUGCCACUCAGAUGUGGUGACGGACUUUGACUUCUCGCCCUUCGAUCAGCUCCUGCUGGCUACAGGCUCUGCGGAUGAGACAGUGAAGGUGUGGCGCCUACCUGAGAGCGGCCAGGACAUGCCCGGUGGCGCGGGGCUGACCCUGGGGCCCGGGGGGGGCCCCGUGGACGGGCGGCAGUUCCCCCCCACAGCAGACGGUGUCCUAGCCAGCGGCGCAGGGAAGCGAGUCACCGUCUGGGACGUGGGGCAGCAGCAGCCACUGACAGCCCUGGACUCCCACGGGGACCAGCUGCAGAGCCUGACCUGGAAGCGAGAUGGCCGCCUCCUCGGCACCUCCUGCAAGGACAAGAAACUGCGGAUCUUUGACCCCCGAGCCGGCUCGGCUGCCUCCCAGGUACUGUCCCUCGCGGGUGUGCUGGGUGACGUGGUAUGA